UGCAGAUAAAAGCCAAACCCUCACCAGGGCUGCUGUUCAGCGUCUGUCACAAACUCCUUUAAAGCUCUGUGGUACUGCAGCAGCAGCACACAAAGAAAAUGGUGGCUGUACCCCUCCAUUCUUUCUAUCUUCUCAUCACAGUGUUCCAGCUAUGUUUACUAUACCUCGCUCAUGGUGGGGUGUAUUAUGGACAUAAACAGCCACCUCAACAGCCCCAGCCUUUGCCACAACAUGAUGGAUAUCCACAGCAACAGUUUAUGGAGAAUGACAUGCCAAUACUUCCUCAAUAUGGGAAAGAGAUUCCUCAACUGCCUUUGCACAUGAGUAAAGAGAGACCACUGACAGAUGGCAAAGGACAAACCUUUCCCAGAGGAGCUAAAGGUCCACGCCCUCCUGUUCCAGGGGUAAAAGGUCUCCCACAGGGACUGGAAGGAAUUCAGGGUCCCCCAGGACCAACUGGACCACCAGGACCACAAGGCCCUCCUGGGCUACCAGGCCAGGCAUUACCAGGUUUACCAGGAAAGCCAGGGCCUCCUGGUCCUCCUGGCUACCCAGGAAUUGGAAAACCUGGUGUGCCAGGAUUGCCAGGAAAACCUGGAGGACCUGGAUUACCAGGAUCAAAAGGUGACCUUGGUCCUAGUGGUGAUGUAGGAGUAAAUGGACCUCCUGGGCCUCCAGGACUCCCAGGUCCCACAGGACUUCCCGGGAUUCCAAAAGCAGGAGGUCAAGGACUACCAGGACAGCCAGGUCCUCUAGGGGAGCCUGGCCCAAAAGGUCUGCCUGGGCUUCCUGGUCCUCCAGGCCCCAAAGGAGACAAAGGACUUGGUCUACCUGGUUUUCCAGGCUUGAAAGGACCUGGUGGACCACCAGGUCCAGCUGGACAGGGGGGCAUCCCUGGCAUUGGUAAACCUGGCAUGAAUGGUCUUCCUGGACAACCAGGAAUACCAGGAAAGCCUGGUCCUCCUGGAGAACCAGGACUAGCAGGGGCACCUGGUGAAAGAGGCCAACCAGGACCACCAGGCAUACCAGGAAUUGGAAAACCAGGAAAAGAUGGUUUCAGAGGGCAACCAGGGCUUUCUGGAGGGAAGGGGGAACCAGGCCUCCCUGGUUUCCCAGGGAACCCAGGCUUGCCAGGUUAUGGUAAACACGGAUUUCCGGGACCUAAGGGUCAUAAGGGACAUGCUGGUCUUCCCGGGGCACCAGGUCCAAAAGGUGAUAAAGGUCAUGAUGGUCUCACAGGUGUUGUUGGUCCCACGGGACCAAGUGGAAUACCUGGCCCACCGGGUCCAAUAGGCCUUCCUGGUAGUCUCGGCUUCCCAGGACUAAAGGGGGAUGAUGGUACUAUAGGACCAAGAGGAAAUCCAGGAGUGAAAGGUCAAAUAGGGCCUCCAGGCCUUCCAGGACAAUCCGGUAGAUCAGGAGAGGGUGGACAACCAGGACCAAGAGGUAUACAAGGGCCCAUUGGUCCAAAAGGAGAAGCUGGCAUUAGGGGUUUACCUGGUGUGCCAGGUACUGCAGGAUUAACAGGACUAAGAGGAGAAGUGGGACAGCCUGGAGAAAAAGGCCCUCAGGGACCACAAGGUAUUCCAGGGCUUGCAGGACCAGGGGGCCCAAUUGGACCUCCUGGGCUUCCUGGGCAAAAAGGCGAUAUAGGCUUACCAGGUAAACCUGGCUACCCUGGUGAGGGGGCUCAAGGACCCCCUGGUCAUGUUGGCCCUCAAGGUAACCCUGGUCCCAGUGGUCCUCCAGGACUCCCAGGGCAACCAGGACAACCUGGACCCCCUGGCCCUCCUGGUCUACCUGCCGCAUUUCCUGACCUUGGACAGAUCCUCCCUAUGACUGGUCCAUACAGUGGCCAAAAACAAGGUUACAAGAACCCAAAUGGAGGUGAGAUUGGAGGAAAUGGCCCUGAGAUGCCUGCGUUCACAGCUAAGCUCACCAAUCCAUUCCCUCCUGUUGGCUCUCCUGUCAUCUUUGAUAAACUCCUGCACAACGGCAAUCAGGACUACAGUCCCCAAAAUGGUAUUUUUACCUGUAGCAUACCAGGGAUCUACUACUUUUCUUACAACGUACACUGCAAAGGAGGCAAUGUGUGGGUGGCACUGAUGAAAAACAAUGAGCCAGUAAUGUACACAUACGAUGAGUACAAAAAGGGCUUACUGGAUCAGGCUUCAGGGAGUGCAGUACUCCCGUUAAGAAAAGGAGACACUGUGCAUAUACAGCUACCAUCGGAGCAGGCAGCAGGACUUUAUGCUGGUCAGUAUGUCCACUCCACGUUUUCUGGAUACUUACUGUACAUAAUGUAAUAAAAUAUAAAAAAGGUGAGAAUAAUGGCACAAAUUUGACCAUAAUGUUAGUAAAACUACUUCAGACUCAAGGUAUAAUGUAGGUCAAGUUAAACGGAUUACAUCUAGAGGUGGAAUAAUAUUCUUUUUUAUUAUUAUUAUUAUAACAACACUAUAUGCACUACAAGUGUAUUUACUUACAAAUGAAUAUCAGAAAGAGAAAUUAUAAAAUAAUGGUCAAAAUAUGUAUAUAAAUGUAAUGAUUAAUCACUUGGGUUUUGGCUAUGAUAAGCAGAAAGCAAAAAUUCCUAGAAGGGUUUCUGCUUGUUGGAAGCAGAGGUCAAAAGUACACAUAUUUCCGUUGUCCUAAUUAUGCAUAUAUUCUUAUAUCCAUCUACAGACAGUAUAUCAUGGCUUCUAAUAACUCCUCAUACAUUGAAUCUUUAUGCUGAAGAUUUACAGUCUACUUUUAUUCACUUGACAGGACAGCAGUUUCUGCUCUACAAUUAUAAACUGCAUACUAGGCACAUAUGACCCAAUCACUUUAUUUUACUCAGUUAUAACAUAUAGUUGGGUUAUGUAUUAGGGUUUAUCGUGUAAUUGUUAAGUUAUUUUUAAACUUUUUGUGUUAUUUUGGAACAUUGAGCUUUUUAAUAUGAAAAGAUUGUCAUGUCCAUUUUACCACACAUAUUCAUCUAACUGGAAAUUAACCAUUGGUUGAGUAUUUUUAUCACACCCUAUAUCAGUCUCAAAAAAGAACAGCAAAAACACUUGUUAGUUUUGUCCACAGUUUUUGGAUUAUUUCCCUUUGUCAUAGUUUUGUUUUGUUUUUUGUUUUGUUUUUUUUUGGUUUUCUUUUUUUUUGUAAUAAAUAUUAACUGAAAGGUAUGUGUGACUUUGUCAGUAUUCUCUGUAAUUUAUUUGUUUUACUACUGAUUACUUGGAUUUGUCUUUUUUGUUGAACAAAUGUUGAAUCCAUUCCAAAAUCCAGGACACAUCAAAUAUUCAUGCCCAUUCAUAUUAAUGUACUAGUUUUUUGUUUGUUUGUUUGUUUUACUUUGUUUUUUGGGGGGGGGGUUGUAUUUUGCUUUUUUCAAAACUGAGGAUAAGCCAUUUUGGUGUGACUUUCUUUAAAAAAAUGUUCCUAAUAUUCCUUUAUUUUUGGACAAAAACUGUGCCAUAAAUAUGUGAAUUUUUGUCUUUGUUGUUUUUUCCUGGCUAGAUCAUGGUUUAAUAAAAAAUGUUUAAAAA